CUUAACUGCCACAAUGGAGUGACUCUCUAUGUUGUGCUGUAGGGGAGCAGUGUACUGAGAUGGAUCCCAUCCUGGAGGAGGUCCUGAGUGGGGCCAACACUACUGGAGGCCCCUCCCUGAACCACAGCAACAACCCCCUGGACGUGUUCUCUGGCAUGCAGCUGCUGCUGCGCUUCAAGCCCCUCUUCCUGCCCCUCUACUGCCUUCUGGUGGCCGUGGCCGGCAUAGGCAACUCCAUCCUGCUGGCCUGUAUCCUGGCCGACAAGAAGCUCCACAAUGCCACCAACUUCUUCAUCGGUAACCUGGCGGCCGGCGACCUACUGAUGUGUCUGACCUGUGUCCCUCUGACCGCCUCGUACGCCUUCGACAGCCGCGGCUGGGCCUUCGGACGCCCUCUCUGCCACCUGGUGCCACUGCUGCAGGCCGCCACCGUCUUCGCCUCGGUGCUGUCCCUCACGGCCAUCGCUGUGGACCGCUACGUGGUGGUGGCCCACCCAGUGAGGAGGAGGAUCUCUGUCGGGGGCUGUGGCGCGGUGGCUCUGGGGGUGUGGGGGUUGUCUCUGGCCCUGGCUGCCCCUCCCUCCCUCCACACGCGCUACCUGGACCUGAGGCCCCGUGGGGUGGAGCUGGUGGUGUGUGAGGAGUUCUGGCCGAGCUCUGGCCAGCUCAGGCUGCUCUACUCCUGCUGUAUCCUAGUAGCCUCCUACAUGAUCCCUCUGCUGUCAGUCAGCGUGUCCUACUGUGCCAUCACAGUGCACCUGAGACGCCACACGCUGCCCGGAGAGCCCUCACACUGCCAGCAGCGCUGGAGCCAGAGGAGGAGGAAAACCUUCUCUCUCCUGGUGGCCUCUGUGCUUGCCUUUGCCCUCUGCUGGCUGCCCCUGCAGGUGCUGAACCUGCUGCUGGACCUGGACCCAGACUACCACAUUGUGGACAAGCGCUAUGUCAACGUGCUGCAGGUGUGCUGCCACCUGGUGGCCAUGAGCUCCGCCUGCUAUAACCCCUUCAUCUACGCCUCCCUGCACAGUAAGGUCUGGCUGCACCUCAAGGGCUACCUGUGCCCUUACUGCCGCCAGGAGCCCCCAGGGGGCCAGCUCCUCUCCCGCUCCACCUCCCGGAACCCGGCCACCUGCCUCAGCCUGCUCUCUGAGGUCUCCGCCCCCGCCAAGGAGACCCCGGGAGCUGUCGGUCCUGAGUCCGACCCCACCAAUGACAGCACCCUCUGAAAACAUCCGGAACCACGGUAUGUUUUAUAGGUAGGGGUCAAAGGUCAUAUACCACAGCAGCAGCCAUUACAUAUAUCCCAUAUACGCGUUAGAGACGACAACGGGUGUCCAGCCAGACACCCGCUGUAGGAGCAGGGAGGAGAGGGAGAAUGAGGAGAGACAGUGGGACAGGGGUUUUAGACUGCUCUGGAGACCGUCACCCCUCUGGAUAGUUUGUUCUGUUUGCCUUGGGUGUCACUACAAGCCCUGCUGCCAAAGACGAUGAGCAGGUCUCCCAGCCAUUGCGAGGCAGAGAGUGUAAACACUGUCACGACCAUGGGCUGGGAUGCAGGUCUGGCAGCGGCAGCGGGGGAGAUGACCCUUCUCUGAACUCCUCACUCUCCAAAUGGAUUACAAACUCAACGGAGGAGGACGGCAGGGCAAAAACAGUCUGCAAAGACAGCUCGCUCUUUUCGGUUGUUCCCUCAUUCGACUAUGCUUUUGCCUGAUUUUUGAAAUCUUUCAUACUUUCUCUCCCUCUUUUUAAAUCUCUCUUUCCGAUUUAUUUCAAUGUAUGUCGCUAUAGUUUUAUAUUGAUUCCUCUCUCUUUUUCUCUG